UGUAUAUAAAGUCGCAAACAUAAGCUUAUGUCACUACAGUUUUCUUUUGUCUUUAAGAAGCUACAAUAUGAAAAACGUGUUUGUUAUUUUUGUCGUCGUCCUGGUAGCUACAGUCGCUGCAAAAAAGGGAUGGAAAAUCCGACCACGACAACAAUGCAAAUAUGAUAAAAGUGCAUGGAGUGACUGUGACACAACAACAAAUACCGUCAGCCGAGUUCUGACUCUAAAAUCAGGCAAGGAAGGAUGCCAACAGACACAGAAUCAAACUAUUACAUGUGAUAGGUUUGAUAGGCUACAAGCAUGGAAAAUAAAAAAGGCGGAAAGUAGAAGAGAAUUGCAGGAAAAGAAACAUCAAAGAAAAGAACGAAAACAAGAGAUGAAAGAGAAUAAACAGCUUGUGAAAGAGCAACUUAAAAGAUGUAGUUAUGAACACAGUGAUUGGAGUGAGUGCGAUCAAGCAACAAAUACAGUAACCCGAAAUUUUACUUUGAGUGAAGGCGAACAGGGUUGUGAACAAUCACACACUAUCACCAUAACUUGUGACAAACUAAAUAGAAUACAGACAUGGAAAGCAAAGAAAAGGGACCGUAAACAGAAUAGAAAAGACGAAAAAUUGCAAAUGAAGCAAGAGAGAAAAGAGAAAAGAAAGCUUGAAAAAGAACAAAGACUUAAAUGCAAAUACGACAAGGAAGACUGGAGUGAAUGUGAUAACACAACAAACACAGUAACCCGAGUUAUGACAUUAAGGGACGGAGAAGAAGAAGAAUGCGAACCAAUAAUAAAUGUCACCAUUUCAUGUUCAAAGUUUGAGCGUAUUCAACAGUGGAAAGCAAGAAAAAUGGAGCGCAAGAAUGAAAAAAAGGAGAAUAAAAUGUUUAUUAGAGAACAGAAAAAUAUGUGGAAAGAAAAUAAAAAGAUAGUGAAGGAACAACGUAGACUCGGAUGCAGUUUUGAUGUUACCUUUAGUGAAUGUGAUCUUACAACUAACAUGGUUACAAAAUCGUACAUACCAACAACAGAUGAUGAUGAUUCAUGUGAAAACAGGUCAUUUGAAUAUUCAUGUGAUUUGCAUGAAAGAUUAAUGGAAAAGAAGAGAAAACGUCAAGACAAAAGAGGCAACAGAAAAAUAAAUAGGAAGGAAUUUAGACAGCAGAGGCUUCUGAUCUAAACUAAAGACUUUUGAAUAAUGAUCAAGAAGAAAUCCACUUUUCAUCAUGUACAAUGUAUUAAGACUGAGAAAAAAGUUAGUUCAACCCUGCGUCAAAUUGUUUUCUAUACAUAUGAAAGUGACAGAGAACAUGUGACUAUGUACUUUGGUGGUUUACUAAUAUCAAUUGUGAAAAUAGGCUGAUAUUGAAAUCUAGAUAAAUUGCAAUCUAAAUAUAAUACAUGAAUAUCUAUAUGUAUAAAAAUUCCAAAAUAUAUUAAAAUUGUGGUUCUUUGACAGCAAUAAUUGAUAGACUCUUUUUUUUUAAAUCUGUUGAAACUAAAGACGACAGUCAUUUUGCGUUUCUUUUUUUAAACCAUACUUCUUUUAAUAAAUAGUGUACAAGUCUUCUU